AUGGCAAAACGAUCAUUUAAGGAGUUUGUAGAACAAGAACUUGGAGAAGUCCCCAAGUUUUUUAUUUAUGCUGUACUUGAAUGGAUGAUGAUAUUUGUUCUGUUCAUUGACGGAUUUCUUGCAUUUUUCGCAAACGAAUUUGCCCUGUUCUUCGAGUUGCCUAUCCCUUGCUUCCUUUGUACCAGGAUUGAUCGUAUCCUUGUCCAGAGAAAUGCUAAUUUCUAUUACAAUGAUUCCAUCUGUAACCAACAUAAGAAGAAUGUUUCAUCUCUUGCAUUCUGUCAUGCUCACAAAAAGCUUUCCGACAUAAGAAACUUGUGUGAAAGCUGUCUUCUCUCCUUUGCUACUGAGAAAGAAUCUGAUUGUGAUACUUACAAGUCCCUUCUGGGGAUCUUACACAAGGAUGUUGAGUUGUUUGUUGAUGAAGAUCAUGAAGUUCAUCUGUCAUUGCCUGUUGGCAAAAAGGAUGAAGAAGUUCUUGAGAAGAGCAAUGAUCAUCGGUGUUCAUGUUGUGGGGAGCCAUUGAAAGUGAAAUCCUCCUAUUCAAAAGGGAAAAAUUCUUCCCUCUCAUCCCUAGCUCCUGCUCCAUCUCCCAGGGCUCCAGCCAACCGAAAUUUAUAUUUGUCACACAUUAAAUAUACAGAGCUCAAGCUCAACUCGUAUGAAGCAGAGGUUCACGAGGAUAAUGAUGGAUCAAGGGGAAUAACCCUUGAAAAGCCUUUCGGGGAAGAUGCCAAAGCUGCUACGAUACCAUUACUGAUGGAUGCUGAUGAUGAAGAUAAGACCCCUAGCUUUAUCAGGGGAAACAAGUUUUUCGGAAUCUCACUGUCGGAUUCAGCAACAAACAGUCCUAGGGGGACAAGAAUUCAAGGGAAAUCACAGCUAGAGAGAACAGAAUUUGCUUCAGAAUCUGGAGAGGGACAAGUGCCAAAUGAGGCAGAAGGUGAUAUUUUGCAUCAUUUGAAGAGACAAGUUCGUAUGGAUCGCAAGUCACUGAUGGCUUUGUACAUGGAACUGGAUGAAGAAAGAAGUGCAUCUGCUGUUGCAGCUAACAAUGCAAUGGCCAUGAUCACCAGGUUGCAAGCUGAGAAGGCCGCUGUUCAGAUGGAGGCCUUACAAUACCAGAGAAUGAUGGAGGAGCAGGCAGAAUAUGACCAAGAAGCCCUACAAGAGAUGACUAAUUUGCUGGCCAAGAGAGAGGAAGAACUCAAGGAUUUAGAGGCUGAACUUGAGGCUUAUAGACAAAAUUAUGGAUGCUUAAAGGAAAUUGAUUUUGAAGGAAAAGCAGAUGAGAGUGACGAGGUCUACCAAGUCUUGAAACCACCAUCUUACUCAUUCUCCAAUGGAAGAGCUGAAUGUACCAGCCCUACUCGUAGCCUUAAUGAAGGGUCUAAUACUGGGGAAAAAGCACAGAAUCAUGAUCAGGAUGAUAUCGGAAGGGAUGCCAUUGACAAAUCAAAGAAAGUCUCUGGAGUCCGGCAAUUGGACCGGAUGAAAAAUCUAGAGAAGAAACAGCAUAUUUCAUCAGACAGUGGGGGUGUUUCCUCAAAGUCUAGUAGUGAAAAUGACGGCAACAUGGAAGAACAGACUGGAAAUGGAAGUAAAGCAGUCCUAAAGAGUGAAUUGUCCUGUAUUCGUGAGAAGAUUGAGGCCCUUGCAGCAGAUGGUGGAAUCCUGAAACAUGUUACUGAUCUUACAGACGAAGUAGGCAGCAACGGAGCAAAACUAUUAGCAGAGAUUUCUCAGAAUCUACAAAAGCUUCAGUACUUAGCAACAAUGUCAUACUCUGAAAGCGCAGAUGCAUAA